UGCAGCAGUACUGGAACGCAUGCGCAGUAUAUCACGGUGGUUAAUGCACUAGCGUUGAAACUUUGCGGACAACUGCGCUGCACGGUUCAGCUGCGUUUCAAUGAGAAACUAGAGCUAACGCUUUUCCAAUGCGGUGGUUUGGAUUUGGCUUUAACGCAUUUGGACAGAUUUAUGCCCACGAGAAAUUAUUUAACGGAAAGAGUAGCGACGCUGUCAAGGAAGUGAAAGCUAUUAGCCCAAUAGAGCUAGCUGCUCAUGUGGACAGACGGGACAGCUGCAUGAAGAUUCAAAUUAGAGCAAGUUGGAGUCGAAGAAUAACUCUGCACUGGGAUGAUGACUGCUGUGUGCGUGUAGCAGGUUGCGGGACAGACAACGAGUCCUGCAGUGUUUCUGUAGAAGAGAGCCGAGGCUGUAAAGAUGCCUUAAUCAGUGAAUCAUACUUGACCAUCGCUUUCCCGGAUAGGAUUGAGUCCUGGCAUCUGCAGAAAGAGGAGAAGACUCCAUCAUGGAGCAUGAAAAUAAAACCAGAGAGCCCUGGACCUCCUUUGACUCUCCCAUUGGUUCCUGGGGGUUACAUAGCCACAAAACCGCCCUUCUAUCGCACCUUAUCCUCACACCUGAAAGCCAGGAGUCUGGCACUGAGCGUGGAGCAUGCCAUGCUUCUCACUGCCUCUGGAGCUGUGUACACCUGGGGAAUGGGCAGCCAUGGUCAGUUAGGGCAUGGAGGGCUGACCUCUGAGGAGGAACCCAGGGCAGUAGAGGCGCUCUGGGGGAUGCCUAUGAGCUGUGUAGCUACAGGAGGCUGGCACUCUGUGUGCAUUAGUGAUGGAGGUGAUCUUUAUGUAUGGGGCUGGAAUGAAAGUGGCCAGCUGGGACUUCCAUCACGAGGUCUGAGGAAAGCUGUGCAGCAGCAGCAACAUAGCCCACAAACAGGAGCAGCAUGCCAAGGUACCAGCACAUCUCCCGGUGAAGAGCCCCAAGAGGGAGAGAAACACGAAGAGGUAUUCAUAUCAAUCCAGGCUUUCCCAGCUCUGCUGGAUAUCACUCCAGCAUGUGAAGUCAGGACAGUCAGCUGCGGCUCCCGCCACACAGCCGCAGUAACAACCACAGGUGACCUCUACACUUGGGGCUGGGGUGACUACGGCCAACUUGGGCACCAGACUUUAAUAAGUUCAGAUGAGCCCCAGUGUGUUGAGUUCUUCAGGGAGCAGGAGAUGCGCGUGGUUGAUGUAGUGUGCGGGGCAUGGAACACUUUUGUUGCUGUCAUUAAGGAUGAAGUAGUUUAAAUAUAAAAUACCCUUUUAAAAUGCGGACAGUGGACUUUGGCCAUCAUACCAGGAAAUGUAAAUUACCACAACAAAUGCAAAACUUGGAAUUAAAUGUAUUUUUUUAAUAUAUUCACAUAUAAGUUCUUCUCAUAUAUUUGUAUAAAAAGACAAACUUUGUAA